AACGAACAAGAAGAGGUGGACGACAAAGCCGUAAAUCUGCAACAUAAUAACAGUAGCAGUAGCAGCAAUUCAGCCAUUGAUGCAACUUCAAAAAAAAUGGCCGGUGGAGACAAAUACAAGGAGUUUGAUUUCCAUUUAAGAUCCUUAUCCCACAGUGCCAGGGACUCCAAUUUCGCUAACGACCCCGCCUCCGAUCCUUCUCUCCUCAAUUCCGUCAAAAGUCUUUGCGAUUUAUGCAUAAGUGAGAAAUCCGAAGAUUUGAUCGCUAGGGUUUAUCCUCAUUUAAAUAGGAUAUUUCAGCGAUGUGUUGCUUCGAUUUCGCAGUCUCAAACCUCCAAUGGCCUUCUUCUAUUGGCUAUACUCCAGUUUUUUCUUGACUUCGGAGAUGUGGUCCUGCAUGACGCUGAUCCUAGUUUACGGACUCUUUUUAAGUCAUGCUUGAGCCGUGAGUUUGCAGACCCUAUUGUUGCAGAAGCAACCCUUGGCUUUCUGAAUGCAAACAAGAAAAAAAUUUCAAGUUCGUUCCCUACUUUACUUCCCCAGUUUUUCCCGUUAUUGCUGAAGCUAAUUGCAUGGAAUGGGGAGAAAUUGGAAAAAGCAUUUCUUAGAGUAUUUCCUGGUUUGAUUUCCCAGGGGUCAUUUCUUCCACUUUUUCCAUCAAUCAUAGACUUGCCUAGUGAGUGUUACUUUAUGGCUUUUUUGCUCAUCCUCACCCCAAAUGAGAAAAAAGUAAAACAAUAAGAUCAGGGGUUAUACAUGAAUUCUAUGAACUGAACAACAAUGACCAUUAUACACUUUUACUUACCUUAAUAAGUGGUCCCCUCCCUCUAUCCCUAAAAGGCGUCAACCUUGGUUCAUUGGCAAUG